CGGGGUGUUUCCUCGCCUGGCUCUGCGGGAAGCCAGGUCAGGGCAUCCCUCCCAUUGCGGCCCCCAGAGCUCCAUUCCUGGGGGUGCUGGUGGGAAAGGCCGCCUUGGAGGGUGGGUGCGUUGAUCUGGUGCAGCUGCACCCGCCCUAGGCCGCCUCGUUGGGAAUUUGGAAAAGACCCACGUCAGUUCUGAGGCUGAGGGUCCUCUGGGCUCCCGAAGGAAGCCUAUGUGAACGCUGGGCGUUUUUUGAAGAAUCAUUGUGUUGAGUGGGCGAUGUGGUCUGUCUAUGAAAGGCUAGGAAAGAACAAAAUCAGUUACCACCCACUUCUCGAAAGAGACACCGUCUGGAGCUGAAAGCCUCAGGAGCGGGCGCUCUCACGCCCCCAUCUCUGGUCCUACCAGCGUCCGAGGCGGAUCUGUUUUAAAUAUAUUUCUGCAAGUUCUGGAGUUCUGGCUGUCUGACCGAUGCUUCUGGAUCCCUCCUCUCCUGCCUUUUGCUCCUCUAGAAGAAUAUAGAGGCAUGCACUCAAACCCACUCAACCGGCUGCCUCCCAAGGAGGCAGUACUUAAUUUAAGAGGGGAGUCAGUUUCUCAGAGUCGUUCAAGUCACACCAGCCUGUAGGAGCCCCCAGGUUCUGGUGCUACAGGGACACACCAAAGUCCUGAGGGCGGGAGACGGUGAUCAGAGGAGGACCACCCAACUGUGAAGUCUCUCAGCAGAGGUUCUGACAGUUUCCUCACCAGAAGUGAACAAGCCCAGUCGCGCAGGUGUCGUCAUGCUGCAGCAGCUCCUGAUCACCCUGCCCACGGAGGCCAGCACCUGGGUGAAGUUGCACCAUCCAAAGAAGGCCAAGGAGGGGGCGCCCCUGUGGGAGGACGUGACUAAGAUGUUUGAAGGAGAAGCUGUGCUGUCUCAGGAUGCUGAUGAGACCCAGCAACAAAGUUUAAAGGAUGAAGUGACCUCUGGGCCCCCAACAGCAGAAUCCCAGGAAUUGUUGACCUUCAAGGACAUAUCUGUGGACUUCACCCAGGAGGAGUGGGGGCAACUGGCCCCUGCUCACCGGAGUCUGUACCGGGAGGUGAUGCUGGAGAACUAUGGGAACCUGGUCUCAGUGGGAUAUCAACUCUCCAAACCUAGUGUGAUUUCCCAGUUGGAGAAAGGAGAAGAGCCAUGGAUAACAGAGAAAGAAGGCCCAGGAGAUCCCAGUUCAGACUUGAAGAGUAAAACAGAAACCAAUAUGUCAACUGCAAAGAAUGACAUUUUACAGGAACAGUUAUAUCAUGGCAUUAUGAUGGAAAGGUUCAUGAGGGAUGAUGUAAUUUAUUCCACAUUGAGAAAAGUCUCCAAAUAUGAUGACGAGUUAGAAAGGCACCAGGAAACCCAUGGAAGAGAUGUGAUACAAGCCAUCUCGAUCCACAAGAAGAGAGGCCAAGAAACUAACAAAUUUGGGGAAAACAUUGUGAGUUCAAAUGUUAUAAAACAGAGGCACCGUAAAUGUGACACACUUAGAAAGAGGAACAAAUACAAAUUAGAUUUGAUUAAUCAUCCACCAAGUUACAUAAGAACAAAGACCUAUGAAUGUACUAUAUGUGAAAAAAUCUUCAAACAACCCAUUCACCUCACUGAACACAUGAGAAUUCAUACUGGUGAGAAACCUUUCAGAUGUAAGGAAUGUGGAAGGGCCUUUAGUCAAAGCGCAUCCCUUACUACACACCAGAGAAUCCAUACUGGUGAGAAACCCUUUGAAUGUGAAGAAUGUGGCAAAACCUUCAGACAUCGCUCAUCUCUUAAUCAGCAUCAUAGAACUCACACUGGGGAGAAACCUUAUGUAUGUGAUAAAUGUCAGAAAGCUUUCAGCCAGAACAUUAGCUUGAUCCAACAUUUGAGAACUCAUUCUGGAGAGAAACCCUUUACGUGCAAUGAAUGUGGGAAAACCUUUCGACAGAUUAGACACCUUAGUGAACAUAUAAGAAUUCAUACUGGGGAGAAACCCUAUGCAUGCACUGCAUGUUGUAAAACCUUUAGUCAUAGAGCAUAUCUAACGCAUCACCAGAGAAUCCAUACUGGGGAGAGACCCUACAAAUGUAAGGAAUGUGGGAAAGCCUUUAGGCAGAGGAUACACCUCAGCAACCAUAAAACUGUUCAUACAGGAGUGAAAGCAUAUGAAUGCAACCGCUGUGGAAAAGCCUACAGGCAUGAUUCAUCCUUUAAGAAACAUCAGAGACAUCACACUGGAGAAAAACCUUAUGAAUGUAAUGAAUGUGGAAAAGCCUUCAGCUAUAACUCAUCACUUACUCGACACCAUGAAAUACACAGGAGGAAUGCCUUCCGAAAUAAUGUGUAAAAACAGAUUAUUCAUAAAAACAAAAACCAAGUCUAAAUCAAUGAUUCUAUGCUUUUAAAUUUCAGGACUGUAAAUUUGAUGAAUUGAUAUAAUGUUGCCAACUUUUAAUUUUGCCCAUUGUGUAAAUAAACACUACAUUGAUAGCUACUAUCUACUAACACCUCCAUACAAAGUACUUGAGAAUAAAGGAUGGUCUUUCAAAUGAAAUUCAGCAAUAUGGAAAAUCCACACGUUAUUAUUAUUUUUCUGAUUUCAUGGUAGGUUAAUAAAUUAUUCUUCAUGGGUGUUCACUGAUUUACAGACCAGCAUUUGGGAACUACUGUUUAAAAUAUCACCACCCCUAUUUUUUUAAUUAAAAUUUUAUUUUUUUUAAUGGGGAAAACUUUCACGUGGUAUAAAGUUCAAAAGGCACAAACAGUUGUAUAAGUGAAAAGCCUCCUUCCUCCAUCCCUCACCACGAAUUUAUACCUAGAGGCAACCAUUUUUUAUAACUAAUUUUUUUGUGUACCCUUGCAGAGAUUUUUCUGUUUAUAUCCAAGAGAAUACAAAUAUACAGUUUUUCUUUUUAAGCAAAAAUGACAGCCUCCUAUACAAACACAUCUGCACAUUACUUUUAUUAACCGUAUAUCAUGGAGGUCAUUCCACAUCCGUAGAUAAAGUGCCUACUCAUUCUUUUUUACAGCUGCAUAGUAUUCUAUGGCUUGAAUGUACUUUAUUUAUCCAGUUCACAAUGGAUGGACUUUUGGAUUUUCAAUCUUUUGUUUAUAUAAUGUUGCAAUGAAUAGUCUUAUACAUUUUCAUUUCUCACACAUGUAGGUAUAUAUACAGGGUAAAUUCCUAGAACUGGAAUUUGUGUGCUGGAGAGUAUGUGCAUGUGUAUGAUGGAUAUUGCCAAAUUGACCUUCAUAGAGGUUGGACCAAUUUAUUUUCCCACCAGCAAGAUAGAGGACUAUCAGAGCCAUAUCUGGUGCUGAAGCAUCUCCUGGACCAACAGCUGUGUCAGCCAUCAAAGAAGUAUCAGCUUGUCUCAAUAACAGCCUAGAAGUACCGGCUGAGCCGCAUCCCCAGAAAGAGCAGCACUUGUCAUCUCUGAAGCCAGAGAGGAAUCUGCAUGUUACCAAAUAGCAGCCAAGCCCCCAAGGCCUCAGCUGGAAAAGGAGUAGACAUCUCUCCACCGACUGCUCCAGUCCCUGACUUCUGAGGCUGGAGCUGUCUGAUGAAUGAGAGUUCCCUUAAAGAGACUGAUCCACCUGCCUUAGCAAAUAUAAUCUUGGCUGCAACUCUGAUUGGAAUGGAGGAAAACUGACAAUUGAGUCAGGGUGCUUAAGAUGGCAGGGUCUACCUUGGGUGAUCAAAUGACCGCAUGUAGCAUUUUCCGGGAUGGUUAUAUUAGUGAGUUAUAGUUAACACACGGAGGGAGACAGAAAAGAGGUAGGACAUGACCUAAUUAAUAAACAUUAAUGAAUGAAUGAGAGCAUUAAUUAGUUAACAUUGCUUAUUAUGUUGUGAAAGCUGAGCACCAAGGUCAGGACCACAACGAUUUUGUAUGUGUUCAUUUUGCAGUCUGGUAAAGUUUUAUUAAAGUUUUAGUGAUUCUGUG